AUGCGCUACUCAUCGUCAUCCGGGAUGUCCACCCGUUCAUUAUGCUCGGUCGUCUCACGCCUGGCAUCCCACAUAGACGUCCUCUCGAUCGUCCUGUUUGGUCAACCCACGCCUGGCACCUCAAACGUCUGCCCGAUACUCUUCCACCUGGCGCCCUGGGCGUUCGCGCCCGAUCGGCCGGGUUACGCCUGGCACCUUAAGUGGGUCAAGUAUUUCUUAGUACUGCGGCGCUGCAGGUGGACAGCGAGCAGGUUUGGAAAGAGAAAUUACAGCUUCAUUCCAGGUGAUGAUGUAAAAUCACUGCGAUCAGUUCCCAGCCCGGAUGUGUCCAAAAUCCGCAACAUCGGCAUCAUGGCACACAUCGAUGCGGGAAAGACAACGACGACGGAGAGGAUGCUCUACUACUCUGGCUACACCAGAGCGCUUGGAGAUGUGGAUGACGGUGACACGGUCACGGACUUCAUGGCCCAGGAGAGAGAACGCGGCAUCACCAUUCAGUCGGCGGCAGUCACGUUUGACUGGAAAGGCCACAGGAUCAAUUUGAUAGACACACCAGGUCACGUGGACUUCACUUUGGAGGUGGAGCGGGCUCUCCGGGUUCUGGAUGGAGCUGUCGCUGUCUUCGAUGCGUCGGCGGGGGUCGAGGCCCAGACAGUGACUGUGUGGAGGCAGGCUGAGAAGCAUCACGUCCCAUGUGUUUGCUUCCUGAACAAGAUGGAUAAGCCUGCAGCUAACCUCAGUUUCUCCUUGGAAAGCAUCAGACAGAAGUUGAAAGCCAAUCCGGUUCUCCUCCAGAUUCCCGUUGGGAGCGGCAGAAACUUCUUCGGUGUGGUCGACCUGUUGACCAAUCAGAGGCUGACGUGGAAGCCGACAGAUGACGGGCGCUCUUUUGAAAGCAGACCGCUCAGUGAAUCCAAGCAGGAAGAGGCGGAGCUACUUCGGGAAGUCCGCCAGGCCAGAACGGCUUUAAUUGAGCAGGUUGCAGAUUUGGAUGACGAGUUUGCCGAGUUGCUGCUGACUGACUUUAGUGACAAUUUUGACGCCGUUCCCUCCAUAAAACUCCGUGAAGCGGUGCGGCGGGUCACCCUGACUCGUAAAGGCGUUCCGGUUCUUUGCGGGAGUUCUUUGCGUAACAAAGGCGUUCAACCACUCUUGGAUGCCAUCACGGACUUCCUGCCAGCUCCUGACGAAAGGAGCCAUGACCUGUUGCGCUGGUACAAGGACGACUUGUGUGCUCUGGCCUUCAAAGUUCUCCACGAUAAGCAGCGCGGCCCGCUGGUCUUCCUUCGAAUCUACUCGGGAACGCUGAAAGCACAGACGGCUGUGCACAACAUCAACAGGAACACCACUGAGAGGAUGAGCAGACUGUUGGUGCCUUUUGCUGAUCAGCACGUGGAAAUUCCCUCCAUGACGGCGGGAAACAUCGCCCUGACUGUCGGACUUAAGCAGACGGUAACCGGCGACACCAUCGUUUCCUCCAAAGCGUCGGCCGCCGGCGCCAUCCGCCGUGCAGAGGCUGAGGGCCGGAAAGGUGCGGCUCUCUCCGGAGUCGAGGUCCCAGACCCGGUCUUCUUCUGCACCAUUGAGCCGCCCACCAUGGCUAAACAGGACGAUCUUGAGAACGCACUGAACAAUCUUCAGAGAGAAGACCCCAGUCUGAAAGUCCGGAUUGACCCGGAUUCCGGACAGACUAUUUUGUGCGGCAUGGGAGAACUGCACAUAGAGAUCAUUCACGAUCGUAUCCGAAGAGAGUACGGCAUCCAGACCCAUUUGGGCCCGCUGCAGGUGGCGUAUCGGGAGACCAUCCUCCAUGAGGCCUCCGCCACGGAGACACUUGACCGUUCAGUGGGUGAGAGGAGACACGUGGUGACGGUGGAACUUGUUGUCCGACCGGGUGACAGACAACCUGCUGGGUCACUUCGUGUGGAAUUCAUAAAGGAAGUUGCCGCUACCUUGUCGGAAGAUAUGAGGGAGGCAGUGGCAAACGGAGUACACAGCUCGUACCUCCAAGGUCCAUUAUUGGGCUACCCUCUCCAGGACGUUUCCACGCAGAUCCAGCGCGUCCACACGGAAGCCGGAACAUCUCCGGCCAUGGUUUCUGCCUGCGUGUCCCGUUGUAUGCUGAAGGCUCUCAGGCUGGCUGGUGGGCAGGUCCUGGAGCCUGUCAUGUCCAUGGAGGUGACGGUGGACGAGGAACAUCUGGGUGCUGUGUUAGGCGACCUGGCCCAGAGGAGGGGGACGGUCCGGGAUAUCCAGAGUAGGCAUGAAGACAAGGUGUUGCUGGCUAGUGUCCCGCUGGCAGAGACCAGAGGUUAUUCCACUGCCAUGCGAACACUGACCUCGGGGAAGGCAACCUUUUCCUUGGAGUUGGACACAUACGUGGCCAUGAACACACAGGAGCAGAACACACUUCUGAAGCGAAUGGCCGGCUUGCUAUGA